GCAAGAUCCGCUAUACAAAAAAACAUACAUUAUUAAUUGUCAUUCCGAUCUUUGCCGAAUCUUGCUGGCUAACCGACCUCUUCUGAAGCUUGCUUGCUUUCAGAUGUGUCUCGUCAGUUUUUACAAGGGACUUUGAAACAUCUUCUCUCUAAAUGGAAAAUCCGACAUUUGUUAUGGGCGCUAAGGAAAAGCAUAAUGUGCUCGUACCGACGAGUAAAAUGACAGGGAGCUCUCUUGUGGAGGAUCCUGGAAUACCACUUGUUGAUCGACGAAACGGGAAGUACAACAAAUACAUGGCGGACGACAACACGAGCCAGACCGAUCUGGUCUCCACUUUAACGCCAGCAUCCAAAUUCGACAACAUCAGUUACAGAUUAAGCCGCCGUAAGAAUCUGAUAAAACGACGGCGACAUGUCGUGUCCCUGGAAUUCAUUCUUGCUCUGAUUGGUAUCGUCUUCAUGUUGGUGGAAACUGAACUCUUCUUUCAACACGUUAUUACUAAAGAGGACGCGAUUUCAUUGGUUUUAAAGUCUUGCAUUUCAAUUUCAACAGUAUUUUUGUUAAUGGCUGUCAUUGCGUACCAUGUGACUGGAAUUCAGCUCCACAUGACAGACAACAGUCUAGAAGAUUGGCGCCUUGCUGUCACCUUUCCUUGGACGUAUCUUAAAAUCGGCUGCGAACUUCUAAUCUGCGCUAUACAUCCGUUUCCAAGUAGCAUUACAAUUCCAGGCUUAAACCCGGACGGGAAAACCAAAAUGGUGUCAAUAGAUCCGAUUCUUUCUAUUCUCAUGCUGCUCCGCCUGUAUCUAGUCGGCAAGUUCAUGGUUGUUAACAGUCGUUUGCUGACAGACACAGCUACGCAAAGUCUUGGUGCUUUAAACAAAGUCAAAAUCAACACCGCGUUUGUUUUUAAAGCACUUAUGUCAUCCAAUCCUGGGACAGUCUUGGUUAGUAUAAUGCUUGCAAUUUUGAUAGUAGAUACUUGGGCCAUGCGCACGUGUGAAGUAUACUAUCACCCUGAUGAGGCUCAUUCCAGUUUUUUCAAUGCCAUGUGGAUGAUAGCUAUAACGUUUCUAACAGUAGGAUAUGGUGAUAUAUACCCCAAUUCGUAUUGUGGGAGAUUUGUUGCCGUGACAACAGGAUUGAUGGGGGUCGGUACUACGGCUCUCCUUGUUGCCGUCCUGGCUUCAAAACUCGAGCAGAGUCGUGCUGAAAAAUACGUCCAUAAUUUUGUCUCACGUGCUCAGCUGGACAAGCAAAGGAAGCAUGCAGCAGCCGAUACAAUCAAGUACGUCAUACAACUGUGGCGACUUCGUCGACAGGAUGCCGACGACAGCCGGAAGCGGAUACGAUUACAUGGAAAGUUACUGCAGGCUAUUGCAAAUAUGCGUGAUGCGAAAAAUGAAAAAGCCUGCAUAGGUGAAAGCGCUAUAGGAUUUAUCGAGGUGGCCAAAUCGGUUGAUGAAGUUUUCGAAACGGUGGAGGGGAUACAGGAAAAUCAGAAAGGCAUGAAGGCAAAAAUAAACGAAAUGGAAUCUAAGAUGGAUGACCUUGCCAACAAAAUGGAUGCCGUCUAUCACGCUAUUACGCAUAGAUAACUGUUUGCUUAAUUCUUUGUGGAGGUAUGAGUGAUCUUAGGAUGCUUUUGGUGAUGGUUGCCAAGGAAAAAUACGAGUGAUGUUUAAAGGAAUCACUAUAAGCGGGUAUUCGACGGAUGCUACUUAAUUUAAUAGAAGCCUAGAUGUCUACAUGUAACCUUAUUCAAUUUACAUAGACUCUUAGGUAUCAAAAAUGUACAUGUGACCUCAUUUGAUUUGAGAUGUUGACCAAAUUCAUUUGCAUAUUUUACACAUAAAUUAUUUAAUUUGUUUUACAAGCUGUUAUCUACUUGGAUACUAAUCGUAUGACAAGGCGUUUUGAUUGCGACAUUAUCUAUGAGACGUCAUUGUUUUAUUAUGUCAUAGGUGUUUAUUUUUUCAUAUGAAAUCGGCUUUUUAGAUUGUUAUAUCAUAAAGCAGCUGUGAAGUUUACAUGAGAAAAUCACAUCAUAUUUGCGAUUUUGUUUUAAAAUGUCAGAUAAUGAACAGAAAGGAUGUUGUUUCCGGUUGUGACAAUAUCAUACUUACAGUGAACAGGUGUUACUUUGUAAUCAUGUUUCAUCGGUUUAAGAAAAAGCUAGCUUUGUUAAUUAGUAUAUUGAUAAUAGGGAAUAGUACAUUCGUUGAAAGUGGCUAUUUCGACAAUUGCAUGGCAUGGUAACUUGUUUCUAUUACUUAUAUAGCGCAAAGAUGUAAAUAACCACAUUCAUACAUUCCAUUCAACAAGCAGAAUAGAAUACGUAGUUUUUUCCGAAAUACUUUUUAUUUAGUAGUUUCUUUCUGUCACUGUUAUUAAUCUUGAAAGAAACAAUUCGUAGUUUCGAAAAAUACUAAAUAUUUUAUUACAAAUAUCACAAAAAAAUACUGUACAUCGGGAAAUAUUUGUGAAAGGGUUAUUGCCCCUUUUCGACCUACGCGAUAUGGGCUUAUAUAUUUUGACGACUAUUAUUAUUACACAUCUUCCUGUUCAGAGUUGUUGUACAGCCUACACACUUAACGCUGUAUUAAAUGGAUUGUAUCGGUAAAAAUGGAACAUUAGACAUGUCUUUUGGUACAGUAUGUUGGUAUUCUCAACAGCAGUUUGUCUACACCAAAACAUGUAUGUAUUGACUAACUUACUUACCACAUAUGGCAGUGGAAUACACUAAGUUAUAGAUGAGAAGGGCCAGCUGUGAUAAUAUCCUUAUUUCAACAAUCAAUUAUAUCAACAUUUCUGAGGUAAGACAGCAACAGAAUGUUUGUUUUAUAUAAUGUUUAUUUGACAAGCGUUUAUGUGAUAGCAUAUAUUUUAUUUUAUAUUCAUUUGUUUCGUUUAUUUCUGCAGGGAUUUGUUUAGGUAUAUUUGGUGUAAUCAUUCAUCUCGUUUGCCAUUCAUUGUCAUCGCGCUGACUAAAUCGCUUACAUUUCAUGGCAUAACUAUUCUCGUUUAACUCGCGAUUCAUAAUGAAUUAACUUCAAUGUGUUAAACUCGUCCUAUACCACAUGAAAAAGCAUCAGCUGUUUGGUAAGCGUACCACCAAUCAGGAUGGUAUUUUCUAAGCGUAUCUUAGGCAGGAAAAUACAGUUGUAUGCUGUAAAUAUCGAUAGUUAAUGCAUUGCAAGGAAACAAUAUACAAGACAUAUUCCACAGCUUAAGAUCGUAGGAGACCGACUACUCAGUAAUUUGCUGGAUUUGGAUUGGCACUUGUAGUGCGGAUAGUAUUUUGCACUAGAACAGUCAGUGUAGAUUUUGCAAAUUGAAAUAUUUGUAAAGAUAUAGUUUGAAGAACCAUCGCAAACAUAGAUAUAUUAGGAAAGAAUUUUCAAUAUGCGAUAAAUAUUCGUCAUUUAGUAUCACCUAAAACAUGACGUGGGUAGCUUCUUGCAUCGUCCAUUUAGGUAUGGAGUGUUUUGAAAACUGAAUUAAAGUUUCUCAUACACAAUUAAAUUGUAUCAAAAGCUAUUGUCUAAGUAGAUUCUAAUUUAAGAUGAAUUUUAGUGUCACAAAUUCAAUGAUUCUGAAAACAUAGCUUGACUUCAUCCUUGCAAAAUAUUGAAUAACUGAAGGAAAAUAUUGUUAAUACUAAACGUUUCCUCUUCAGUAAUCAAUUAUAAGUUAACAUUGUAAACGACAUUGUCAUGCUUCCCUGUUUACGCUUGUUAAAUGCCAAUGACUUAAGAAUAGAUAAGUUUGAUCAUGUAAUACUAUGGAUGUGAAGAAUUACAUGAUCAGAUAGGGAAUUUGAUUAAUUGGUCUGUACAAUAGCUUAAUCUGUUUUGUUGGUUUUAGAAUUGUUUUAUUUAGAAAAUGUUCAAUACAAUUAGUGUUGGAAUACGAAACAGUCAACAGGGGCAUCGAUACCGCUUUGUUAACUUUAUAAAUGGAUCUGAGAUAUUUUGUAAUACGCAACUGAUGUUUUAACCAAUCACGAUCAUGAGUCUUGCAACUUUAGACAACAACUAACCAGGCUCUAGAGAGUUUCAUAUUGACCUAACAAUUAUCGUCUGUGAGGUCAUGGUGUUGAUAUAUUAAACAGACUGUGGUAUUUUGACGUGUUGAUAUCUGAAAAUACAAUUGACUGGAACUGCGCCACAAGGGAUAGAACUUUACACUUCCCGACAGCAUAUUAGCUCGUAUUGAAUUGUGUACGCUUUAGUAAUUCAAGAAGAGUGAAAUGAUUACGGUUUUAUAUUGCAAUCUUUGAUAUUUCAUGCAACUGUGUUAAUUUGUUGCCAUGAAAAACAUGCUUAUACGAGAACAAAAAAAAGAUUAAUUUGGAUACACGAGCACAGUCUGAUACUCUUUCUAUAUAUGCCUAUACUCUCUGAUAAUUGUUUGGUAUUUUAAUUGUCAUAAUUUGUGAAAAGUAAUUGAUUUUUUUAUGUUAUGCCCUAUAAGGAAUAUGUUUUUAUGUCAUGUAUAAAAGUAAUGACAUUAGGAGGUUUCGCUAGGUAUCAUAAUGAUAGCACAGCUACGUGCUCUCUGACGCUAAGUACUUGAGAUUGAUGCAGAAAUGAAUUCCAUCAUGUUUCAAGAUAAACUCUAUCUACAAAUUGUUAUAACAGGUUAAAAGGUAUCAGUGCAUUGAUUAUUGUUCUUGUGCACAUUUUAUAUGUGUCAUAAAUUAACUAUCAAAUGUCUAAUGAUCCUUUAAUUAUGAUAAACCUUUUUCAAGGUUCUGAGUGUUGGAAGAAAUUAGUUUAAGAUGUGUCUCUCAGUUUGAUAACUCUCAUCAUUAAAUACAAGUAAACGACAAAUCAAUACCAGUAAACAAGAGAUCGAAACCAAUAAAAACGGAUCGAUAGCAGUUAACAAAAAAUCGAUAUCAAGAAACAACAGAUCGAAAGCAGUAAACAACAGAACGGUAUCAGCAAACAACAGAUUGGUAGAAGUUAUAAAUAGAUCGAUGCCAAAACAAUAGCUUGAUAUCAGCAACCAACAGAUCGGCACCAGUAAACAACGGAUCGAUAGAAAUUAUCAACAGAUCGAUACCAAAACAGUAGAUUUGUAUAAACAAACAACAGAUCGGCAUAAGUAAACAACGGACCAAUAGCAGUUAGCAACAAAUCGAUACCAGUAAACAUUAUAUCAUUAUCAGUAAAUAACAGAUCAUUAACAGUAAUCAAUAAGAUAAUAACCGUUUACAAUAUAAUAAUAUCAAUAAACAAUAUAUCGAUACCAGAACAUAUCAUAUCAAAACUAAUAAACAGUAGACCGAUACACGUAAACAAUAGACCGAUAGACGUAAACAAUAGACCGAUACACGUAAACAAUAGACCGAUAGACGUAACAAUAGACCGAUACACGUAAACAAUAUAUCGAUACCAGUAAGUAACAAAUCGAUAACAAUAAACAAUAGAUCGAUACCAGUACAUAUCAGAUAAAUACCAGUUAACACUUUAUCGAUAUAAGUCAACAAUAGACCGAUACCAGUAAACAGUAUAUCAAUAUCGUACAGUAUUGAAGUCGGUAUGAAUCAUUAGGAAUAAUAUCAUGUAACGAAAUUUCACAACAAGGAACAAUUGAAUCGAUUUGUAAAAUAUGGAAUAUGUAAAUAUUAGCAUGUCACAAAUCCUUAUCUCAACAAUCAAUUUGAAUUUGAAAAAGAGAUAUCCAGUAUCACACUGGAUAUCUCUUUUGAAUUAGUAGUCUCCUCAUGUGAUAUUUUGUAUAGGGCAUUCAUAUAACAUGAAAUUUGAUUUCGAACUCACUCAGAUGUACCAGUAGGGCCCCAUACAUCACUUUGUGAUUAUAUAGAGGAAACUCGUAUUUCUGACUCUAUCAUGACCUAGUUUAGAUCAUGCAGUAACCAUGGGAAGUUGAAAAGUUUCGGUAAAUAACUCGUGCAUGAGUAAUACAUGUACUUCAUGACAUGAAAGGUUAUUUUAGAUUUUUGUAUGUUGAAGAUACGGUAUUGUCACAAAUGUCCCAAGGUUAUGUGUUGUAGUAUGUUGUCAAAGAUUGCUUUGCAUAAAAGAGAACCCCUAUGUAGGUGUGUGGAACGAUUUCACGUUUUAUAUAGUAUAGCUUAAACUUUCAACUAUAAAUGAUUUUAGAUGAAAUUAGUAUCGGAACAAUUGAAAAACUUUAAAAAAAAUACGUUAUAUUGUCUGAAAGAUAUCAAAUUCCAAAACAGAUGCUUCCUGUUUUGUUAUGAAAUGCCUAUAUAUUCGAGCAUAUUUUUGAUCAACUAUUGUCAGUUUGUGAAGGUAGAUUUUUCAUUCAUUAAGAGUGUACGGAACGCGUUACUUUUCUCGGAAUUAGAAAGACUUAUAUACACAAUGGUCAAGGUGGUCAAACAUUGAUUAGAAAGUCACGAGAAGGUAUUGUACAUUUGCUAAAUGUGAAUUCAGAGUGAGAGAAAAACAAGAAAGAAACAUUUGGACAUCUUCGUAGCUUUUUGUUUGUUUGGGUUUUUUUUCAUUUUUUUUUUUCAAACAAUUAUUGUGAAUCAUACUAAUUUUAGCUUAAAAUUAUUUUUGAACGAUAAAAGUUAAUGUUAAGUUGUUGUUAAGCUGUUCAAAGUAUGAUAUUGCAGUUAACUUAGUGAUAUUCAUAGAUUGUUUAAUUAUAUACGUGUGCGUACUUGAAUAUACAUUCUGAAUAAUUUAUGUAUAUUUAUUAAUGUAGAUGCAAGAUAUACACAUCCAUACUGUUGCUUUGGUUCAAAUAUGAUACAUUGCUUGCAAAUCAUUGUAUACAGAAGUUGAUUUUGCUGUGGUGUAACUUUUACGAAUUUGACGGUCCUAUAAAUCACUUUAUGAUCGACAGAGAUCAGUUUUCGUGUAUUUAAACAUAUCGGUAAUAUCUUGUCUAGACAUAAUUACUAUCUGUAUUGAAAAUGCAUUUUUUUCAAUCUCGAAUUACGGACAUAUUUAACAAAAAAAUUGCACGCCAGCAGUGAUUUACGGAAAUUCAAAAACGCGAAAUGAAGACGGUUGUGAAAAGUCCCCAGACUGCGAAGUUUACAUUGUAUUUGUCAUAAAAGUGUGAGAAGGUGUGUUGAAUCCAUUUAUAGUCCUGUCCUGAAUGAUGUUGGACAGUGCAAAGCGUGUUAGAGAGUAGUAUAUAGGCUGCUGGUCAGUGUUAGGCUGUACCGACAACUAGUGAUCCGCCAAAUAAAUAAUAAUAAAGAAA